UCUCUCGCUUUCUUACUAGGGUUUUCAUUCUCUUACCAUCUCAUUAACGGGGAAGAGAAUCAGGAGACCAUCAACAACUUUCCGAGAAACCAACCAGACCCUGGAAAAGGAAAAUGCCGACCUACAAGAUAAGGGGAAUCGACGUUGAUUUCCCGUUCGAGGCUUACGAUUGUCAGCUCGUUUACAUGGAAAAAGUCAUACAGUCCCUCCAAAACAAAUGCAAUGCCCUUUUGGAGAGUCCAACGGGAACCGGGAAAACUCUAUGCCUUCUCUGUGCCACAUUGGCUUGGAGGAAGAGUUUAGGUGGAUUUUCGACUGGUAAGAUUGAAAGGAAUGGUCGGAUUGCGGGUGGUAAAUUGGAUAUUGUGCCAUCAUCACAAUCUGAGGAUCGCAAUCUUCCGACUAUAGUGUAUACUUCACGCACGCACAGCCAACUUCGGCAAGUGAUUCAGGAGUUGAAGAGGAGCAGCUACAGGCCUAAAAUGGUAAUAUUAGGAUCUCGGGAGCAGUUAUGCAUUCACGAGGAAGUCAGCUUACUACGUGGAAAAGUACAGAAUAAUGCAUGCCAUCUUAUUUGCAAAACACGGGGAAAGCGUCAAUGCACCCAUUAUUCCCGUGUUGCAGAUUAUGUGAAAUGCAAUCCCCAUCUUGGAGAUGAGCCUGUCGACAUAGAGGAUUUGGUUAAUAUUGGAAGAACAUUUGGACCAUGCCCUUACUACAUAUCAAGGGAGCUCCACAAGGUUGUUGAUAUUUUGUUUGCACCUUAUAACUACCUUAUUGAUCGUGGAAAUCGAAAAUCUCUUGCCAUUGACUGGGACAACAGUAUACUGAUAUUUGAUGAAGCUCAUAACCUGGAAAGCUUAUGUGCAGAUGCAGCCUCUUUUGACAUGCCUUCUUGGCUUCUCACAGCUUGCAUUUCUGAAGCAAAAUCUUGUAUUGACCUUUCUGUGACAAGGAGGGAAGAAUCAAAUGACAAAUCAUGGAAUCCAGAUAAUUUUGCUAUUCUCAGAGCACUUCUUUUGAAGCUUGAGAAGCGGAUUGCUGAAGUGCCCAUUGAAUCCAAGGAAUUGGGAUUCACCAAACCUGGACCUUACAUUUAUGAGCUUCUUGCUGAUCUUAAUGUUACACACGACACUGCAACUAAGAUCAUUGAUAUAAUCAAAGAUGCAGCUGUUCUCCUUGAAGAAGAUAAGCAGGACAAGUCAAAAGGCACUGGUUGCAGGCUGGAAAGCAUUAGUGAUUUCCUUCAAAUAAUUUUUAGAGAAAAGAACAACUCCCAUGCGAAUUUCUAUCGAGUUCAUGUGCAGGAAGGUGAGGCAAAUGCUGCAGAUGUCUUAAAAGGUAAGCCAUCUAGAACGCUCAGUUGGUGGUGUUUUAAUCCCGGAAUCGCCAUGCAAGAGUUCUCUCGAAUGGGUGUUCGCUCUAUUAUUUUGACAUCUGGAACAUUAUCUCCCUUGGAUUCUUUUGCACAAGAGUUGAAACUAGAUUUUCCCAUUCGGCUGGAAAACCCUCAUGUCAUAUCCUCAAAUCAGAUAUGGGCUGGUGUUGUACCAGCUGGUCCAUCAGGUCGCUCAUUGAACUCAUCUUAUAGAACCCGUGAUUCUCUAGAAUACAAGCAGGAGCUUGGAAAUGCUAUUGUCAAUUUUGCCCGAAUAGUACCUGAUGGACUGCUCGUAUUCUUUCCAUCUUACUACCUUCUGGAUCAAUGCAUUAGUUGCUGGAAGAAUAAGAGUCAGGCAAAUUCAACCACAAUAUGGGAAAGAAUCUGCAAGCAUAAGAAACCUGUUGUAGAACCUAGACAAUCCUCACUGUUUCCUCUUGCAAUUGAGGUAAGUAACGCAACCUACAAGUUAGGUCAACAUGAUUGCAUAUUUGUUGUUCGUUUGAAGCGUGAAUACUUGGAUGGACAGACACACUCACAAAGAGAUGGAUGUAAGUUGCAGGUUCUAAGUGGAGAAGAGUGGUAUGGUCAACAGGCAUCACGGGCUGUAAAUCAGGCUGUUGGACGUGUAAUCCGUCAUCGCUAUGAUUAUGGAGCAAUUAUUUUUUGUGAUGAAAGGUUUGAACAUCGUAAUCGGCAGACCCAAAUAUCACUUUGGAUACAGCCUCACAUCAAGUGUCACUCUAAAUUUGGGGAUGUGGUUUUUACAUUGAGUCGUUUUUUCCGAGAUGGAGGAAGUCGUGAUGCUGCAAAGCUUAGGUCAAUACCAAGGGAAGACACUGAAAAUAUCAAAGAAGAAAAGAACACACAGCCUUUGGACAAAUUUUACCUGGACAGUUUUCUUUCCAUGAGGACACCGGAUCAGGGUUGCUCUUCAAAAUCAUUAUCUUCUUUACUUGAAGCUAAAAGAGGCAAGGAUUCAAGCCUAUCAGAGAACAUUUUUCCUGCCAAUCGCUCUUCUCUCUCUCCCUUCAAGGAAAGUCAGGAUUUCAAAUUAAAUCAUUCGUGCAGUGAAAUCUAUAAUGAGAAAAAAAUGUUAAUUCCUGGGAGGAUAAAUUUACAACAUCAAAAUGCUGAGAUGAUUGAUUUGACUAGUAAAUCUUUAAUGGAUGAAAGUCUAAGCAGAAAGGAGCUGGUGCCAUGUUCUGCAAAGAAGCGAAAAGUUUUUCAUGCAGGGUAUUCAACUGGUCAGAUUGGAAAUACCCAUGAGCAUGCAUCCAGUGCUGAAAGGCAAAAUGCUCAAGUUAGCUCAACAUUGCCAAUUAAAGAUCGUGCAAUCACACAUAAGGAUGCUGAGAUUCUCACUCAAAAAAACAAAGAUGUUCAGUCUACUUCUGUGCCUCGCGAUGAUGAGCAAACAAGAGGAGCAGCGUUUCUCAUUCAGGUUAAAGAGAAACUUAACGCUGCAGAAUAUAAAGAAUUUGUGGAGUUUAUGAAGGCACUUAAAUCCAAAGCAAUGAAGAUAGGCCACGUUUUACAGUCUAUCGUGAGAUUAUUUUCUGGACCAGAGAGAUUUCCUCUUCUUAAAAGAUUCAAGGAUUUUGUUCCUGCAAAGUACCACUCUUUGUACGAGCAUUAUCUUGAAGGAAAUGACGAUACACUCGGCAAUCAGACAUAAGCAGUUUGGAGAGAGUUGCCUAAUUCCACAAUAAAGUUGUGGCAAAGUUGAAAAUUCAGAGCACGGUUGAAUUUUGCUGGAAUGCUGCCUGUAUGGAGUUAAGAAACCCUUUCAACCAGCUUUAUCAGAGACGAGUGUAUGUGCUUUGCAGUGGAGUUUUGACCAGAAACUUAACGAACCUCCACCGUUGCUUCCCGGUAAUUAUAUUGCCAAAGAAUCCGGUCCCGUUGAGUUAUUGGAGCCAUAUUGAUCAGAGACUAAAAGAAAGGUGUCCAGCUAUUUACUGUUGUAUGGUGCUGGUGAUUCAUCAGAAGCUUUUGGGAUCAAUUCCAUUGUCUUACAAAAAAAAAAAUAAAUAAAUAAAAAAAUUAGCCCUCUGAUUCCGGUA